CCGUAGAACAAUGCUCGCCAAGUGUUUGUUAGUAGCAGCCGUAGCGCUCCAAGUAUGCUCGGCAAUACCUUAUGGUCUGUCUCCCCGUAUCACCGAUGGGGUUGAUGCCGCGCCAGGAGAAUUCCCAUACCAGGUCUCCAUCGAAUGGGGAAUCCCACCCAUAACCCAGUACAGCCAUGCCUGCGGUGGUUCCAUCUUGAAUGAAAGAUACGUGUUGACCGCUGGUCACUGUGUCUUGAAACUGGGAAAAUUGAGGGUUGUUGCUGGCAGAUACUACCUGAACAAAGCCGAACAGACCGAUCAAAUCAUCAACGUUGUUCAAACCACCGUUCACAGCGGAUACACAGGAGGCGUUGCCCAACACGACAUCGCCCUUCUGAGACUGGCAACCCCCCUUUCCUUCAACAAAGUCGUGGGUGCCGUGCUUCUGCCAACCCAGGGUCAGAAACAAGUUGGACAAGCCGUCCUCUCUGGAUGGGGUUCCAUCUCUAAGAAAAUCAUCCCCGUUCUGCCGACUGUUCUCCAGAAGGCUGUCGUACCAAUCCUAGACAACGACGAAUGCUACCGUGAACUCACCUCCCAACCCAUCGUAGGUCAACAACCUGAACUCUUCGAGACCCAAGUCUGCAGCGGUCUGGCUGACAAAGAAGUAUCCGCCUGCUCUGGUGACUCUGGUGGCCCACUCGCUCAACUGAUCGGCAACGGAGCUGUCCAAGUUGGUAUCGUAUCAUGGGGUAUGAUGCCGUGCGGAUCUAGCCACAUGCCAUCCGUCUACACCCGCGUUGCUUCUUACGUCGACUGGAUCAACCAACACAUAGAAUAAAUCCCAUCCUCGCAUAACCUCAUAGCGAUUGCACCGGCAUUUCGAGAUCACGCAGAUCAAUUGUACCAAUCAAUCGAUAUGUCUCUCAAACUGAUCGUCUUCGCCGCCCUUUUCGCGACUGCGGCUGCAAACCCUGUGAAACCCUAUCGUAGCGUGAUAUCGCCAUUGUUCGAAUCCCGUGUCGUCGGUGGAUCCGAAGCCAAGCCAGGACAAUUCCCGUGGCAGGUUUCCCUCCAAUGGGGGUGGCUCUUCGGCUACUCCCACUUCUGCGGAGGAUCCAUCCUGAACAACGAGUGGGUUAUCACCGCUGGACACUGCGUUCUGGCCGUUCCAUCUUACGGUGAUUUCGUGGUAAAAGUCGGCAAACACAAUCUGAAACAAACGGAGGGCACCGAACAGACCAUCAAGGUCUUGAAGACCUUCAUCCACGAGAAGUACAUCGGGAACGUUGCACCCUACGACAUCGCGCUGCUGAAACUGGCGCAGCCCCUGAGGCUGGACAACGCGGUUAAAGCGAUCAGUUUGCCACAGGCAGGAAGCACGCCAUCCGGAACCGCGGUUCUCUCAGGUUGGGGAUCAACUUCGAGAACCAGUAAUCCCAUUAUGCCCGACAAACUUCAAUACGUCGAGUUGCCCGUCAUCGAUCUCGCCACCUGCAAGAAAGCCGUGGAAGGCCUUACCGGACCGUCUCCAUUGCACGAGACGAACGUCUGCAGCGGUCCUCUCUCCGGUGGUAUCUCGGCGUGCAGCGGUGACUCCGGCGGCCCGUUGAUUCUCAACAAAGGCGGCAAGUCCGAGCUGAUCGGUGUCGUUUCCUGGGGAAUCGUUCCGUGCGGCACUACUGGUGCACCGUCCGUGUACACCAGAACCUCCGCCUUCAACGAUUGGAUCGAGAAACUAUGGCCAAUAAUUAAACGAUAUAGCAGAAAAAUAUCUACUGUAUCGAUGACAAACUUCCGAAGAUCGCUGGACUUCUUGACAGUGUUGAGUUUCGCUCUCGCGUCGUGUUCGGAAAUAGAUGAGAUGAUCUCGAAAUCGGCGAUGCUGGCACAAAGGCCGGCGAGGAUAGUCGGAGGGAAGAACGCGGAAAAAGGAUUGCAUCCUUGGCAGAUGUCGGUACGUUGGGGCGAUCGGGAACGAAAAGUUCCGCUGAGACACGUCUGCGGUGGCAGUUUGCUGACGGCUGGAUGGGUGAUGACAGCCGGUCAUUGCAAAACUCUCGCGCCACCGAGAGGGGAAUUUAUGAUCCUGGCUGGGAAGUACAACCUUAGCGUUCCGGAGGACACCGAGCAGGGCAGACUGGUCGUGAAAGUCUUCGUCCAUCCGGAAUAUGACGGGAGAGUAGCGCCGUACGACAUCGCACUGAUGAUGCUGGAGGAGCCAUUCGAUCUGAACCCAUUCGUUUCCACGGUGUCGUUGCCGUAUCCUGAUUCAAUCCCCACGGGUGACGUAAUGCUGACUGGCUGGGGUAGCAUCGGAAGGACGCGCACUAUCGAGGCUCCGGAGGUCCUCCAGGCAGCCACGUUGCCAGUCAUCGAUUACGAUCUGUGCAAACUUACUCUGGACAAAAGCUUGAAACGGAAAGAAAGGAAUCCUCUUCAUCCGACGAACAUCUGCACGGGACCUUUGGACGGCAGUUUAUCAGCUUGCAAGGGCGAUUCCGGGGGGCCGCUGGUCAGAAGGAACGCUUUCGAUGAAGCGGAGGUAGUGGGAAUCGUUUCGUGGGGUUUGUUCCCCUGCGGCGGUAAGAACGCCCCGUCCGUGUACACCAGAGUGUCCGCCUUCAUCACGUGGAUCAUCCUGAUCAUGCUGAAUAAUUCUUGA